GUACAUCGCCAAGCGUGAGGAACGUUAAUCCGACCGCGGCGCGUGAUGACGGGAGCGUCAGUCGAGCGACAGCAGUGACACUGCCCGGUACCUUUCUUCUGUAGUGCAAAAGACAUUCAACUUGCCCGCAACAGCGCAGACGCUUUUCUUUCUCGCGCGCCGCAUGGUCCAGCCACCAACAGCGGGCCAAGUUUUGACAGUAGACGUCCGUGCGGUUAGAGCUGUGUCGCUGCAGAAGACGCGGAAGUCGAAGUAAAUGGCAAGGUGCGAGGAUCGAGCCGAGGCCUGCGUCCCGUGGGCGGAAACUUGCUUACUUCGGAACAGUCGAUGCAUUAGACACUGAACUUCCGUGGUGACCACAGCAGUUGAAUUCCAUUCCGCGUCGGAGAAGAGCCUCUUGACGAAUACUUCAAGACGACAACACGCUCGCGGCCCGCUGGGAUCUCUAGUGAGCAGCUCUACACCGGGGCCUCCCGGGCUUGUGGAGCCUAUUCUCUGCUCGUCUGUCGUCAUCGCCUCUCAGCAGGCCAUGGAGGAACGGCCGGUAGAGAGCGUGGAGGAGGCGCGGCUGGUGAUCCGCGAGCUGCGCGACCGCUACCGCGCGCAGGCGCACCAGCUGCUCGCCUGGCGCCGCAGGGUCAAGCAGCAGGAGGAGCUGUUCGUGCGAAUGGCGCGAGAACGUGCUGAGCAGCUGAAGACGCUGUCUGCGCAGCUGAUACUGUUCGAGUCGCGACUCUGUCGCAAGCAGAAGGACCUGGGCAAUCUCCUAGCCCAGAGGGACACCAUCAUUGCCAGGCAGCAACGAACCAUACAGGUGCUGCGCUCCCGAUUGGCAGACGCCGGGCUGGACUGCUGCGAGUCACCCCCGCCAGGGGAGGCUUCGACGAACCUGGAUUCGCUCAAUGACAGUGACAGCGCCGUCAUCAUGGAGGAGGGCGACGGCGAGACGAGCUCCGCGCACGGCCACGGCCACGGCCACGGGCCGUCUGCGCACGCGCACGGCCACGGCCACGGGCAGGUCGGCGCCGGCCACGCGUGGCACCACGGCCGCUACGCCGGCCGCAGCGGCGGCGCCGUCGCCGUCGUGCGCAGCGUCUCCGACGCCCUCGAGCAGCCCAAGUACCCGUCGCUGCGCCGCUCCAACGGCUUCCUGCGCCGCCCGGAGAUCCUCGAGACUGUAUACAGCGUUGAAGAAGAUGGAGAGGGAGAGCAGACGAACUCGCCAUCACCAUCAGCAUCGGCCUCGGCCUCAGUAUCAGGGGCACAGGCGGCUGACAGCAGCUCCUCAGCUGACAAUGCUGCGUCAGGGCCUGAAGACGCUCCAGAUGAAGACGCGUGCAGCGGCAGGCUGCAAGCACUCUACGGCAGCUUCGAGCGGCUGCACGAAAGUCCUCCGACGCCGCAGUCUCCACACCACCGAGUCAUGACAACUUACAAUCGUGUUAUGAGCAACCACAGAUCAGUAACAAAGCCCAAGGAUGUCAAGUACAAACGAAUAAAUAAAGCAAAGUCAAAAUCUCUGGAGGAACUUCGCGGUCGUCUGCGAAACUGGGUUGAUAAAGGCAACAAGCUGGCAGUUUCAUUAGACCAAUCGUAUGCGUGAUGGCGGGGGAAAUUGUAGGUGAUUAUAAAUUGCCUGAAGUUACAAGAAAAAAAAGUCUGCAGCAUGCUUCAUUUGUGAAUUUGGCACAUUUGGAGCUGCAUUAUCAGUAUAUGCUUUAGCGAGCUGUGAGACUGCAAUAUGGAUGAUGUUGUUUCUUGAGGAAUUGCUGCAAUAUUUUACCUACUCCUCCCUCAUAUAAGUGACUUUGUGAAUGUUACAGUUCAAAGAACUGAAGUUCUGCAAUUGCACUUUAAAUGAAGUAGAGGCACGUAUUUGAAAAUUUGGGGGUUUCGACACUGAUAGAGACUGGAUUCGAUAACAGAAUGGUGAAACGUCUAUGAAAAUAGCUAUAUCAAAAAUGUGCCAGCUAUUUUGAUGCAGUUGUCUGUUUUUCAUCUGUUAUUUGAUUGGUGAUGACACCCUUACUUGGACUAUACUGCUUGCUUGUGUCUGUCAGUACCUCAGAAACUAUUCAACCAGGUGUAAUACCUCCAAAAACAUUAUUGGUAAGAUGGAUGGUUUCUGUUUCCUUUUCAGGAGGGGGAGUUGUAGGAAUUAACAUGUCUGGAAUUUAUUGAUGUUUGUGUGUAUUAAAUACUUACAGACUCGAGUAGAUUGUACUUUUGUUAACAUUUUUGUACAUAAUAGUUUAAUUUAAAGCAGGAAUGCGUAAAAUUCCUCCUUCCUUUAUUAUCAUUGUUUGUAAUUACUGUUGUAACCUUACACUUGGAGCUAUUGUCUACCUGUUCAUAUCAAGGAUGAAUCUGAACAUUUUUCCCCAGUGGUAAUAUCAUUCUCGGAACUACUGUGUUAUCUUUUUCGUGUCUACUGACUGAUAAUCGUGUAGGUCUUCCUUCUCCAAAAAAAAAAAAAAAAAAAGAAUCUUUAAAAUUUCGAUACUAAAAUAGCCAAAAAGAAAGUCAUGUUUCUUGAUGUAGUAUUGUACCAAUAAUAUUUCAAAUCAAAGAUUUAUGGUUCCAGACAGUUGUCAACCAAUUAUGUGACUGCUGUAUCAAACUAUUCAAGCAAAUGGUGCACUGAGAAACCUUUUGCAUUAGAUGUAACACCUUACAGUUAUUAUCGAAAGUGAGUCUUAGUCAUCUACAUAAAGAAGAUGGUGGAAUCAGUUUGCAUUAGUCAAAACUGUUAUUAUAUAAUUGUGCACCUAUAUAUAAACUAAUACUGUUAAUUUGACUGUAUUGUGAGCCUAUAAGUGAAGUGCAUAUAAAUGUAGUUGAUACUUCCUGCUAGUUCUGCUUUUAGACAGAUAUGAUGCAAUAGAAAAAGCAAAGGACCAUAUAACCAGUGAUAGGAUCUUUACCAGUACAGUGACACUGCAAGAUAGAAGAGCACCUGUUUUGCAAAAUACUGUGCUGCCAUAUCUGGAAGCAUGAGAAGACUUGCUGUUGGUGCAUAUCUAUAAUAUUAUGUAUGUUUCUUCGCUAAAGUGAUGUAAAGCAGUUUCCAUGAAGUUCUGAUUUUCAUCCAGUGCAGUGUUCAGCAUGAGUUUCUGAUACAAUCCUGCUUAUAAAAUAGCAUAGCAUACUCAUGAUUAUAGUUAGGACUACAGUGACAUUGAUUUGGUCUUUUAUGUGAUUUUGGAGGGAUCAUCACUCAGCCAUUACUGAUAUUUUUUCUACUGUGCAUGUCUUCUCUCAAUGAUAAUAUUCCUUGAAAUUUUCUAGACAACUAUUCAUAUUUUGCAUUUUUUAUGACAAAGAUGAUAUGUUUCACAGUUUCUGUUGGAAUUAAAGUGAAACUAUCAUGUGCCACUUUUUAUACCUGUUUUCAUCUAUAACUGCUCCAUGUACAUGAUAGUAUCUGGUUCAAAGAAGGGCUACACACUGCUAGUUUAAAUCUACAAACUAAUCGUCUGCUGAAACACUUCCUUUUAUUCUAAAAUAAAAUGUUACUACCUGUAUGUAGAGGUAAUGUGAUAACUAACCAAAUUUCCAUGUUGUUUCUAGCAUAGCAAAUGCACCUUUCAUGUAAGCUGUGAACGGUUUUGUACUCAUCAGCACCAAUAUUACCAUGAGCACUGCCAGAUUUGUAUAAUCACAGAUUAGCCAUUCACUGAACAUAUUUUCUGCCUGCACCACCUUAUAAAUUUUAUUUUAAAUUCAUGUUGUAAUAAUAAAAAUUUCAGGAAUUACUCAUUUUGAGAAUUAUGUACUAAUAUAUUUCUCAAUGAACUACUUGUCUAUAAUAUGGGUAUUGAGACUUCACCAAUUCUGAUAUUACCUAUGUUCAUCUCAAAUAGUAACUGCUCCAAAAAUUCUCACAUAUUUGGCACAAUGUAAACACAAGUGAUACAUGCAAGUGACUACCGUAGUAUGUCAGAUGAAUGUUGAUGUGAUGCCUGGUGAAGAACAUUAGUUCUGCCUGAAAGGCAAAAGACAGCAAUAGUCCUUAAAACUCCACAAUUUCUCUUUCAAAAAAGCUAUUUACUACACGUGAUACUAAACUGCUUACAAUGUUGGUCACCAUCCACUUCCAGCUCCCUCCCUACAAUUUUCAACAUUGCUUGACACAAGUCAAAUCAGUAUUCCCAGGAGACAGUGUAGACUGCAUGAUAGCUAAAUCUUUCCUCUGCAUUUAUAAAAUGCUGUAAGCUAACAAAAUUAGGUUUUUAAAUUAUUGUAAGUGAAACUGAACAUGCACCACUCAAAAAAUAAAUAAUUUUUCAAUUUUUUUUACUGAAGAUUACUGUCAAAUACCAUGCAGGCAAGGCCAUCAAAAUCUUUAACAAAAUACUUAAGGGAAGUUUGGUGCAACCUCUUUUUGCUAUCCUUUCCAUUUGUGUAAGCAUCUGAACGUCUGAGAACCAUUUCUACAGCAAGGAAUGUUUAAUUUACAAUUAACAGUUUCACAUUUCAGAUGAUUUUGAGUAUGUAAAAAUAUAACAAAAUGAUAUGACAAUAUGUUCACUGGAUGUCUAAAACCAUUGACUUUUACAAAUAUCACUAGGCAGAUGCUCCUAUUACAUCAUGACCAGCAUUUAACAGCACAAAAAUUUUAUUUUACAACUGUAGUUCCAAUGCUACUGUAAGUACAGGUGAUGCUGUUCUGCCAUUAUGCAAAUACUUUCUGAGUAAGAGAUACUUAUUUCUGAAAUGGGUAGAAUAAAACCAUACUGAUUGUUCACAACAACACGUGCUUCGCAUUUUUUUAGCAUUUACUUUUAAAAUUAACUUUCUCACUAAAUACAUACCAGAAAUUAACAUGCUGCUCUUAAUAUUUUCAAAUAUGUCCUUGAGUUUAUUUGGUUUGAAUACCUGUAAAUAGGUUAAUAUCUGCUAACUUUUUUGAGAGCCUCAUCUCAAUCAUUUUUGUUAUACAUAUGGUUGUAAAAUUGAGGAACACUAUUGCUGAGCUUUGAACAUGAAAUUUAAUAAAGACAAAAUUAACAUUUGCAGUAAGAGAUCUUUUUGGCUUGAGAUGUAUUAUACAGAAGAACUAUGAAGGUUUAUGUCAGGAGGAGACAUGUAAUUUGUACAGCAAUUGUCAACUGAAUAAUAGAUUUUGUUUCAGGAAAGUCAUAGCACUGAAUACAAUUGAAAAAUAAAAUUUCAGUUAGUAACACUGUGCUGGAAUGAAGACUGGAUAUCGUAAUCCAGUAGAUAAUUUGUCCAGCUUAAUGGCCUAUGUAUGCUGCCAAAGAACUGCUUCAACAGAAGUAUUUCAAAUAUGUAUGAUGUAUUAUCCAGAGCCUUAAUCCCCCCUUUCCCAUCACCAGUAUUUAACAGUAUUGGCCUCAUCCACUAUUUUAAUAAGUGUAUUUAAGAUUGAAAUAUUUUAAAAUCCAAUCAUGUAAUCAUUUGUAAGUGGGUAAAGAGAAAUGUGAUAAAAUGUGGCUGACACUUACAUCUUGCUACUUUAUUAAGAGUGUCAAAGUGUGCAACUGCAGUAUUUGUUAUCUCCCUAGUCUCCAGAAAACAACUAAUGUGGCAGAUGAAUUGAUGCAUGGCAUUUUAAAAAGCACAUAUGUUGUGCACAAAAUUUACUAUAUCAAUUUAAUAAUUAUAAAUGCAUAUACUAGAUCAGACUGAAUUAAAAUGAUAAAUAUAUUUCUUUCUGAAAUUAUACAUUAUAUAACCAAUAAAUGGUUGUUUCCUAAUGUAGCUUGCCCAGAAUAUCAACAAAAGUAAGCAUUCAUGAAAUGUUUUAAUAUUUUUGAAUUGAUAAAGUGUACUUCAUUUGUGAUUCAAAUUAUUUGAAAUACCCUGUUUUUGUACAAAAGUUAAAAAUUAAUCCUUUGUUAUGAUUAGUUAAUUUUUAAAUAUAUCUGUUCUUGUUAAAAGGCACUUGUGCCAGCUGAAUGCAGCCACAGACACUUAUUUUGUUUGUCACUUCUGAUUACAAAACUGAUAUCUACAAAGCAGUUAGGUUUUAAACUCAAAGUGACAGUUGUUGUUCCUUCUGUAGCUGUAGCCAAUUACUGAGAAUAUGGUUUACUGAUUGUUAGAAAAUUAUUUCAUUAAUAUAUUUAAGAUCAGUACCAUUUGCUGUAUAACUUAGUCAGUUUGAAUGGGAUUCCCUGAAAAUUCAUUAUAAAGAAUAUGUGAUUGUGCAGGUUUUCUUCACUGUAAUGUGUAUGAGAUAUAUAAUAAAAUCUCUCAA